AUGGCCAAACUCAUAGAGAAGUUUUGGCGUCUUGAAGAAGCGUGCUUUCAAGACUGGGAACCAAAGCAACAUGACGAAUGCGAGGCGGAAAGUCACUUCCGCACAACGUUAGAGAUCGCUCCCGACGGGAGAUACAUUACACGAAUGCCCCUACGGGGGGAGCCGUCAUCGUUAGGCGACUCUUAUCAACAAGCAUAUAGAAGAUUCACAUCGCUUGAGCAAAGGCUCAAGCGGAAUGCAGACCUGUACAAAGAGUACAGGGCAUUCAUGAAUGAAUAUGAAACACUGGGACAUAUGGUACCAGUCACCACAGAAGACUUUCACAAAGUAAAGUAUUUCAUCCCUCACUCGUGUGUGGUGAAACCAGAUUCAACAUCCACCAAGGUUAGGGUGGUGUUCGACGCAAGUGCAAAGACGUCAACCGGAGUAUCCCUGAACGAUAUACAAAUCGUGGGACCAACCAUUCAAAAGGACUUAUUUGAUCUGCUAAUUGAUUUCAAGACGCACAACGACGUGCUAGUAGCAGAUAUUGCAAAGAUGUACAGACAAAAAGACAAACGUAGAAUGAAGCGCACGUAA